GUUGAAAAGGCUCUAGGUUAAUUCUUAUUGGUGCGUUGUGAAUGAUUGACAGUCGCAACUUAGUCCCGCCCCCAGAGUCUGACGCAACUUAUGUUUCGCUUGAAGGCUGUGGAGGGCUCGCGUGUAUUCAAGCCAUAGAUGAGUGUGCGUAACUUUGAAAAAACCACACUCACACAACCUUAAUGUUCAUGCAAUACCCUGAGUAUGUUGAUGGCUUGAUCCUUCUAUUAAAACUGUGAUUGGACUUUGGACUUUUGUGCAUUCUUACCGAUGCCCCGUGAUGAUCCCAACUAAGUCAGAACCAAGCAAUACAGUCCAUAAAACUAAUUAACAUUGGUCCUUCGAGCCGGAGAGGUGAUUGCCACAGGUUAAGAUGUCCAAAGCCCAUUCAGAGUCACAGUAUGAGCCUCAAGUCCGUAGUAAACGAUUAUCACGCCCCCCACGCCACUUGGGAGAUUAUGAGGUGGAUUACAGAGGCUUCCAGCAUACAUAUUCACCUACUUCCAGGAUGCAAACAGAGUGCCACAGCCGGGAGUCAGGAAAUGAGGGUGCUGUCGGGAUGACACCCUUCACCAGUUGGCAUGCUACUCACCGCGGUGAUGUUACUGAGGAUACUGGAGAUCAGUAUGAACCACAAGAUGCUCAAACAGUGAUUUGGCAGCUACGAGAAGAGAACAGACGCCUGCAUAAAACCAUUGAGGACCUGCAACACACCUCUGAAAGGGAGGAAACAGACUCAUCACAGUGUCCUGUGCCUUUUCCUCGCACUCACUCAUCGACAAAGGCAGCAAAGAAACCUUCUCCUGUCCCAACUCCACGUCUAAGCAAGGUAGCAGUAGCUCAAAUGAGUGAUCAGAUUUCUAAAGAGACUGGAAAACCAGUUAUGGAUGAUGGAAAGGAAGAGUCAGAAGAUGAGGAGCGAGACUGUGAAAUUAAUUUGUCAGGUGAACUUUCAGAAAUGAAACUGCAGCCCACAUCAAAGAACAGGCAUGUGCGAUAUCAACCAAAUUCACCAAAUCCAUGUACAUUGCAAUCUCAGCACAAGAUGAGUGUACACGCUGCACAAAGCACAAGCUAUGCACAUGACCAAAGACAUAUCCCACCAAAGCCACAAAUACGUGAUCCUUCCCCUGCAGCUGACUUCAGAUUCAGAGAACAAAUUGAUUACCACCCAAGACAACAUUAUCAUCCUAGAGACUUCGUUCCGCGCACUCAUUCUCCUCCCACCAGAGAGAGCAUUUACAGAGGUCCGAGCCCUUCAAUACCAGAUUUCACAGUGGAAGACCCACGACAGUUUGCUAGACUCAAAAUAUCUCUUGACAAUUUGUUGCCGUACGAUGCUACUGAACAGUUUAAAUAUCAAAUUCUGCUUGAGCAUUUGAAAUUUGAAGAGGCCCUUUUAAUUGCUGAUUCCUACAGCAACUCUCGUUAUCCAUACACCCAAACAAUGCAAUCGCUGACUGAACAUUAUGGACAGCCGCAUCAAUUGGCGUUGCAGAAAAUUGCUGACUUGAUGGACGGACCAAAUAUUCGCAGUGGUGACACUCAGGCCUUUCGUAAGUUUGCCCUCAGAGUUCGAGCAUUAGUGGGUAUGCUUGACCAGCUGGAUGAGAAGGGAGCUAUUGAAUUGCAGUGUGGUUCACACGUGGCAAGACUCAUGUCUAAACUCCCUCAUGAUCUCAAGGCUAACUUCAAGAGGUAUGUUCACCCCCUCAGAAACCCAAUUCCAAACCUGCUCGACUUUUCACACUGGCUUGAGUUUGAGCUGCAGGUGCAGCCCACUGACUGUAAACUCAAUACUAGUGAAAUGAGGGGACAAAUUAGUCAGCACAAAGAAGCUCCGCGACAGCGUAAGCACACUUUUCAGACAACAGCCAUUUUGCAUGGUGUGGAUCAGUCAGCAGACCCUCCAGCUGCAAAAUCAUCAGAAUUUCAAAACCCUGGCAAAAUUGUGUACUGUCAUUACUGUGACAAUAAUCACCACUAUCUUAACCAGUGCAAUAACUUCACACAGCUAACCAGUGAGCUCAAAACUAACUGGAUUAAGUCAAAUAAGAGAUGUUGGAGGUGUGGACGGAAACAUCAGGCAGCUCAGUGCAGAUUGAAAGCCACAUGUAAAACUUGCAAUGGCAAACAUCUAACUGUUUUGCAUGACAUCAACAGCAAAUCAACAGAGAUGAAGCACAACCAUGAAAGAUCCCAAGAGAGUCAGAUGCUAUACCUAGAUCGUCCAGCAGGUGGCAGCCAAGUCCUUCUGAAAAUUUGUAAAGUGCUGUUGCGUAAUGGCAAAAAUUCAAUUAUGACUUAUGCUAUUUUGGACGAUGGCUCUGAACGUACAAUCCUGCUUCAUGGUGCAGCACAGCAGCUUAAACUUAAUGGACAGACUGAAACCCUCUCUUUGAGAACAGUUCGACAUGACACCCAAGUCAUACAAGGUGCAAAAGUAUCUUUCACUCUGUCCCCAGCAUUUCAGCCAAGCAAAAGGUUCAAGAUAACUGGUGCCUUUACAGCUGAGAAUUUCGGCUUGGCCAAGCAUUCACAUCCAGUUACCCUUCUGCAAAGGAAAUACCAGCAUCUCAAAGGGCUGCCUCUUCAUGCCUUUUCUCAGGUUCAGCCAUUGUUGCUUAUAGGCUCUGAUCAUCACCAUUUAAUCAUCCCCAUGGAGCCAGUUCACUUUGGCCCACCAGGCGGGCCAGCUGCUAUAAGGACCAGAUUAGGCUGGACACUGCAAGGGCCAGCCAAUGUACUCCAGCACCAAAUCCCAGAGCAUCAAUGCCUUUCACAUCGGUGACUUCCACCUCAUCAGAGCUGUUGCAACAUGUUGAGAGACUCUGGCAGCUUGACAUACUACCAUAUCGCAAUGAGAAGGUGGUGACACGCUCACGUUGUGAUCAGGAGGCCAUCACUCUGCUUGAGACCAAGACUGUAAGGGUAAAUGUAAAUGGAGUGUUUCGUUAUGCUACACCACUUCUGCGAAAAAGGGACAUGCCCGAAUUGAAAGCGCCUAAAGAGUCUGUUCUCCCCAACCUAAGAGCAUUAGAAAGGCGUCUCAGCAAAAGUCCUGAACAUGCAGAGGCAUAUAACCAGGAAAUUGAAAGGCUGGAUCAAUCUGGUUAUGUUGUCAAGCUGGCUGCUGAAGCAGUUGAUCACAGCCCUGAAUCAUGGUACAUACCACAUCACAUGGUACACCAUAAUGGAAAGCACAGAGUGGUGUACAACUGUUCCUUUCAGUACCAAGGCCAUAACCUCAAUGAGUACCUCCUAGCUGGGCCUACCCUCACCUCCACUUUACUAG